AUGGUGAACGUUCCGAAAACACGACGAACAUUUUGUGAUGGAAAAUGCCGUCGACAUACGAUGCAUAAAGUAACCCAAUAUAAGAAGGGUAAGGAAUCAAGACUGGCACAGGGCAGGCGACGUUAUGACUCCAAACAGAAAGGUUUUGGUGGGCAAACAAAGCCGAUUUUCAGGAAAAAAGCAAAAACAACGAAGAAAAUCGUUUUAAGAAUGGAAUGUACGGAAUGCAAGCACCGCAAACAGUUACCAAUCAAGCGGUGCAAACAUUUUGAACUGGGUGGUCAAAAGAAAACACGUGGACAGGUCAUUCAGUUCUAA